UUUUGAUUUCAGAAGCUUCAGCGCUGCUAAACAGAAACACAAUGUUUAUACUUAGCGACCAAAAUAAUGAUUCAUGUAUAAAAUAACAGUAGAAAGUGUAUUCACGUUGUUUAACCCAGUUUAUAAACCUGUGUCAUGUUGAUCAACAUCCAGCUUCUCACACGUCUGUUGGAAGCAGCGCAGCUUGUUCACUAUGAGCACCUCGGGUCCUCACAAGAGGAAGAGCUACAUGGGUCAGCACCAGAUCAAGAAGAAGAAAGGCUUCCAUGCGCCCGAGGAGCCUCUGCAUGGAGACAGACCGUCAGACAGGACAAACAGCACAGCCAGCCUCAUGGGUGCAGGUGCAGUGUUCCCACUGGGAGAAUCCACAUUAGCACUUGAUGCAGAGUUGCUCCAGGUGAUGGACGCCGUCGACCCUGUGAAGCCUGCAGCUCAUCCAACAGCAGUAGAGAGAGAUGCACAUGAGGAGCCGGCAUCAUCAGCUGCCUUUGGCCCUGAACACUCGCUUGCACCAGUUGGAGACAAUAAGCGAGAGAGCGACAGAGUACCCACGGGUCAGGGACCCCACGGAGUCCUCAGCGCCCAGGAGAGAGUCUGUUGGCGUAGUGUUGAUAGUAAGAGACCAGGUUGGACGGCUGAGUGCAAAGAUCUCGCUCAGAAGCUUCUGUUCAGUGAGGAUUUGGAGGAAGCGGAGAGUGCUCAGAAGGGUCCAGAAAGAGACCAGCCGGUGCCUACUUCAGCCGACAUUAAAGAGCCUCCAUGUCGAGAAGUAAAAGACAGUCAGCGAGCUGGCAGCUCCAGCAAGAAGAAGGGUGCGCCCAGAAGAAAGAGCCCUCCUCUUACUAAAGAGGAAAGUGGAUCAAGUAAGAACGCUGCCCCCCCUCUUGAUGUGUCCAGAGACUACAUCUUGUUCAGCCCCACGUGCCUCGCAGCUGCCAUGAAGAGGGCCAAGCUCCAGCAGUCGUUACAGAAUCAGUCGGCCUCUGUGCUCACAGUCCCCACUGGAUUGGAGCUCAGUACUCUCAGUGACACCUUACCUCAGCCAGGCGUUGCCUUGUGUGCUCCAUUGAAUCAAGCUGAAAUGCUGCAGUUAUCCAGUUGGGGUUUGCCUAAACCCGUCCUGGAGCGCUACCAGAAACACAAAGUGACUUGCAUGUUUGAGUGGCAGGCUCAGUGCCUCGCUGUGGGACACGUGCUGCAGGGAGGUAACCUGGUGUACUCCGCUCCCACUAGUGCUGGAAAAACUCUGGUGUCAGAGCUGCUCAUGUUGAAACGUGUUUUGGAGACGAAAAGAAAAGCUCUCUUCAUUUUGCCUUUUGUCUCUGUGGCUAAAGAGAAGAUGCACUAUCUUCAAAGUGUAUUUGAAGAGGCAGGAGUUCGUGUGGAGGGAUACAUGGGCAGCACUUCAGCUGCUGGAGGGUUCACAGCGCUGGAUGUUGCUGUUUGCACCAUAGAAAAAGCCAACUCUCUGAUCAACAGACUCAUUGAAGAGGACAGUAUGGGUCUACUAGGUAUGGUGGUGGUGGACGAGUUGCAUAUGGUCGGGGAUUCUGGGAGAGGAUACCUGCUCGAACUUCUUUUGACCAAAAUCCGCUACAUAGCCCAGAAACAGAACACCACAGGGUCUUUGUCUGAGGGUGUACAGAUAAUAGGUAUGAGCGCCACCUUGCCUAACCUCUCCCUCCUGGCCAGCUGGUUAGGUGCUGAGCUUUACCAGACUGACUACAGACCUGUGCCCCUGCAGGAGCAUCUCAAAGUGGGCUGCAACAUCUACGACAAGAGCCUCUCCGUGGUGCGACAGUUCACCCCGGCACUCCAGAUUAAGGGUGAUGACGAUCACAUAGUGAGCUUGUGUUAUGAGACGGUGAGAGACGGUCGCUCUGUGCUGCUGUUCUGCCCCUCGAAGAACUGGUGUGAGAAACUAGCCGACAGUAUCGCAAGGGAGUUCUACAACCUUCGACACGCUGAUGGUCAGAGUGACACUAACCUCAGACCAGUGUGUCUGGAUCAAGAGGGACUAGUGGAUGUUUUAGCCCAGUUGAGACGAACUCCUGCUGGACUUGACCCCAUCCUCCAGCGAACUGUGCCAUGGGGCGUGGCCUUCCACCAUGCAGGUCUGACAUUCGAUGAACGUGAUGUGUUGGAGGGAGCUUUUCGUCAGGGCGUGGUCAGGGUCCUGGCCGCCACCUCUACCCUCUCUUCAGGAGUUAAUCUCCCAGCGCGCAGGGUGAUCAUUCGAACCCCGACUUUCAAUGGACACCUGUUGGACCCGCUCACGUACAAACAGAUGGCAGGACGAGCAGGGAGGAAAGGAGUAGACACUACAGGUGAGAGUGUGUUGGUUUGUAAGGAGGCAGAGCGUCAGAAAGGCAUUACUCUCCUCAAAGGUGCUCUUCAGCCAAUCAGCAGCUGUCUGGUGAGAAGGGAAGGUGACGGUGUCACCACUAGCAUGCUGCGAGCCAUCCUGGAGAUCAUUGUUGGCGGUGUAGCCAGCACUCCACAGGAUGUGACAUUGUACGCUUCGUGUUCUCUUCUGGCUGCCAGCAUGAAAUGUGACGGCAAACACAGAUCAGACGAGGGGACCAACAAAGGGGCUAUUGAGGCCUGUGUUGAAUGGCUGAUGGAUAAUGAAUUUAUUAGCAUCCAGAAGGAGGGAGACGAUCCAGAGGAGCGAUACUGUCCUACUCAACUGGGCGCUGCCACCAUGUCCUCUUCCCUCUCCCCCCCCGAGGCUCUGGGAAUAUUUGCAGAUCUCCAGCGUGCUAUGAAGGGCUUUGUGCUGGAAAAUGAUUUACACAUUCUUUAUCUGAUCACCCCAUUGUAUGCAGAGUGGACGACCAUAGAUUGGUAUCAGUUCUUCUGUCUGUGGGAGCAGCUCUCGUCCUCGAUGAAAAGAGUGGCCGAGCUGGUCGGCGUCCAGGAAGGUUUUCUGGCGCGGUCUGUCAGCGGCAAACUUGUCGCCAAGACAGACAAACAGCGUAGACAGAUGGCAAUUCAUAAGCGGUUUUUCACCACCCUUGUUCUCCAGGAUCUGGUGAAUGAGGUGCCUUUGGGAACAGUUGCUUCUAAAUACAACUGCAAUCGUGGGCAGUUACAGUCUCUCCAGCAGUCUGCUUCUACAUAUGCAGGUAUGGUGACAGUUUUCUGCAAGCGUCUGGGCUGGCACAACAUGGAGCUGCUGUUGUCCCAGUACCAGACCAGGCUGAGCUUUGGAGUCCAGAGGGAGCUGGUCGACCUGGUCAGAGUCUCCCUCCUGAAUGCAACACGAGCCAGAGCGCUCUACGCACAAGGGCUCUGUACUGUCGCUGAACUAGCCAGGGCUACUGUGGCUGACGUGGAGAAAGCCUUAAGGAAUGCAGUCCCAUUCAAGAGCUCCAAACGUGCAGUGGAUGAAAGUGAGAUGGAGGCGGUGGAGAGACGGAGCCUUCGCUGUGUCUGGGUGACAGGUGGGCGGGCCCUGACGGAGCAGGAAGCAGCCAACGAGAUAGUUUCUGAGGCGAGGGUCCUUCUCCGGGAAGACCUGGCCAAGCUAGGAGUUCAGUGGGACCCGACCACACUUCCUCCUGGAGCUCCUGGUGUCAACAGCCCUGAUGACCAAUCAGAAACCUCAUCUGGCUCAGAUCUCAGGUCACACGAAGCACAGAGAAAUAACAAUAAAGAAAGCCAGGAGGGCGGCAGACUCAAGAAAAGUAAGAGUAGAGAUACUGACGGACAUAGAGAGGAUGAUUAUAGAGGUGAGAAAAGAAAACAGGAGAAACCAGAAGGUGAAAUCUGGAGAGAACCGGGGAAGUCCAAACCUGCUGAGAAGGAAGUAAACAAAAAGUUUGAGGUUCACAGAGAGGAAGAUGGAAUAGACCCAGAAAUGAGACAAACUGAAAAUGAGAUGCCAUCGGAGAAUGGCAAAGAAACUGAAAAGAAAGCAGGGACAAAUAAAAUGUCCAUGGCAAAUACAACUAAAAAUCUAAAUGAAAAACUAGAUGGGCCAGAAAAAGAAGAGGAGGAGCACAAAAUAUCAGAGGAGGGAAGUGAAGGCACAGUCUCAGCCAGACCAGUGGGUCAGCAGACAAAACAGCCCGCUCCUGAAAGAAGUCUGACACAGGAGUUGGCGGAUAUAGUGUCCAGCCCUCUGCCUCAGUCGCUGCCACAUCCUCAGCCCACGCCUCCUCCAAUGCCUCCUCCUCGUUUCAGAGCCCCGAUAUCCUGGGCGGAAGAACAACGUUCCAUUUCCACAAGCACUUUAAAAAGAGACGGCACCACAGGGGGUGCUGCCUCACCUGUGCAGCAAAGUAGACUGAAGCACUCAAGGGCUCUGAGCAAAGUCCUGCACUCCAUACAAACUGACAAAUGUCCCCAAGAUAACUCUAACACUGCACCAACAUCCCAUCUGACAUCAGCCGACACCUCAGGACCUGCAGUCCAUCAGUCGACUGCUGCUCAAACUACUGACCCUGUGCAACAAACUCCUCCCACAGUUUCUACUCCGACAAACGCAGCUACAUCAGAUCCUCCUUUAUUCGCUCCGGAAGCCAAACGAAGAAGAGUAGAGUCCGGAGAGGUGGAUAACUUUUCAUCCCCGGAGCUGUAUGCGGGAGAUGUUGAAAAGGGAGAGGAGAGCUUUGGCGACAGCUUUGAAUUGGACACUCAGACAGAAAGAAUUCUUGUUCAACAGUCAUACCAAUUCAAAGACGGGAAUCUGGUGUUAGAAACCGAAAAGACAAAAGAGGAGGGAAUGGUAGAAACAGCUGCAGAGCUGAAGGGGGCCACAGAGGAGGGAGACAACAGACUUGCCCCUGACAACCCAUGUCCCAAAUUCAAUAUCUCUCUUACAGAUAGCCAGAUGGAGCUCAUCCUAAACACCAGCCACCAGGUGUCUCCUGGUCCUGGUGUUGGUGAUAACAUGGAUGAAGAGAAAAAUGAAGGUGGUGAUGAUGAUGAUGAUGAUGAUGAUAAUAACGUCCCUGCUGCCAAUCAGGUUGCUUCUGAGAGUCCUAACAGAAGCAGCAGCUUCCUGUUCGACAGCCUGUAUGACAGCGCCCUGCUGGCUGGUCUGAGCCCACACCACAUCUCCCACCAUUCAGACGAAGAGGAAUCUGUCGGCCAGGAGCAGGAGCGCCCCCUUCCAUCCACCCAGGAGCGACGAAGCAGUGAGCUCCUCGCCAACCAGGAGGCUGAAAAGCAGGAGGCAGUCCAGUGGGGCGAGUCCUCCUUUAACCUGUCGGAGUGGGGCGACUCGCUGUUUGUAGGCGAACAUUUUAUGGAGAGGCAGAGCUUACUCAGGCAUACGGAGAGAACGCAAACAGAGGAGGAAGGCCGACAUCGAGCUCAGGAACCCAAUGCAGAGGAACAGUUUCAGGUUCAGUCAAUUUCUGAACCUGGUCCGAUACAGGCACAACCUGACAAGGCCACAGCCACACAGUUCACUAAUGACAAUAAAGCAAGUGGGAAACAAGGGGGUGAGAGUGGAAAACAGAAAGAGACGGAAACAAACAUGAAUGUUUUAGUUUUAGAUAAUGCACCUGAACGAAAUCUUUAUUGCAGCCCUGAUUUACAAGAGAUCUUUGACCGUUGGCCAAGUAUGUCUGACCAGUCCUGCCAAAACACUACAGGCCACACAGACCCAAUACACGCUGCUACUGCUGCUGCUGCUGCUGCUGCUGCUGCUACUGCUACUGCUGCUGCUGCUGCUGCUGCUACUGCUACUGCUGCUGCAGACACAGAAACCCCAGAUCCACCUCAGCCCUCAAUACAAGCUGGCACAAACACUGGAAAGCUGAAUGUGCAACCUGAUGCUGAGAGCGAACCUUCCAAACAUGGCACUGAGAAUGUCACAGAGAGACCCGGAUCUGCUGGUGACCUUAUUCCCCCCACCCAGGAAACACCACCGGUAACCCCCAGAGUAAAACUCACCACCUCCUCAGUCCAGUCACCCCUCACCACCAAGCCCCUGAACCAGUCGACCCCCUUGAUCCUUCCCACACGGAAACAGACAGCCCCAAAAUGUCGUAAAUCUCACUCAGGACACAGUGAUCAUCCAUCAGUAGCUACCGACACCAAACAGCCAAAUUCAGUUAGGAGCCGCAAACAGCAGCUGGAGAAAACAAAAUCUUUAACUACACUUCCUGAAUCAGAGCUGAGGUCUGUUCAAUGCUCAAGUUCAAAAACCAAACCCCUGCUACAAAGCGACCAGAAGCUCAGCCGUCCUCCACAGCACACCUCUCCCUCCUCUCCCCGACCAAAGCCUCCAUCUGAUUCAGAAUCGCCAGUGAUUGAAGGCUUCACUCUUCAGCUGUCCCAAGAUGCAUCACUAAAUUCCUUCAACUCUGGGACCUUCUCCAUCAUAGACGUAGCGAGUGACAGGUGCCUGUUUGACACUUUCAUUGGAGAGUGGAAAACUAAGGAGCGGUACUCUCUGGCGUUGGCCUGUGAAAAGAGGGAGCGCAGAGAGCAGCCUGAGGAGGAAAUUGGAGGGAAACACAAUAAAGCAUCAGCAGCUCAUCAGAAGCUCAAUGGAUUUCCAGUGAGAAACAGUGAUGGGCUGGUGCUGAUCGGACUCUCGGUCUGCUGGGGAGCAAGAGACGCAUACUACAUAUCUCUGCAGCAAGAGCAGAGCAAAGGUUUUAGCUCCAGUCUGGCUCCUCCCCUGCUGGAUGAGAAUUUGCCAGUAAGUGACAGGCUGGAGCAGGUGAGGGCUUGUCUGAGCCAGCCAUCGAAGGACCUCGGUGGGGGUGUGGUUGUCACUUAUGACAUCAUCCAGGUGUACAAGACGCUAGUACUGAGCUGUGGCAUCAGUUUGGAGGGCAGCUGUGAAGACCCCAAGGUCGCAUGCUGGCUCAUGGACCCUGGCAGUGAGGAGAGGACUCUGCCCAACAUGGUGACUGUCUACUGUCCUGAAGAGCUACCUUUGCUGGAAGGACUCGGAAAUGCACACGCGCAUUGUCCUCGUGUCAGGGCAGCGACCAAGAGCGUGCUUGUGCAUGCUGUCAUGAAGCACGUCACCGGGCUGCUGGAGCAAGACGGCAUGCUUGAUCUCUUCAGGAACAUUGAGAUGCCUUCUCAGGUGUGUCUGGCUCUGUUGGAACUGAAUGGAGUGGGCUUCAGUGUUGAAGAGUGUGAGAGACAAAAACACGUGAUGCAGGCCAAACUCUCAACUCUGGAAUCUCAGGCGUACAACCUGGCUGGACACAGCUUCUCCCUCACCAGUGUCGACGACAUCGCACAGGUUUUGUUCUUGGAGCUUCACCUGCCUCCAAAUGGUGACGUGGGCGGAUCAAAAGGAAAGAAGACUCUGGGCUACACCAGGAGAGGCGCCGGUGGCAGAGUACGACUUGGAAAGCAGUUCAGCACCACCAAGGAUGUUCUGGAGAAACUUCGCCCCUUGCACCCGUUGCCAGGUGUGAUUCUGGAGUGGAGGCGGAUCACUAAUGCCCUGACUAAAGUGGUGUUCCCCCUGCAGAGGGAGAAACAAUAUCAUCCUACUCUGGCCAUGAACAGAAUCUACCCCGUCGCACAGACACACACAGCCACAGGUCGAGUGAGCUUCACUGAGCCCAACAUACAGAACGUCCCCAAAGACUUUGAGAUCGACAUGCCCACGGUGGUGGAGGAGAGUCCUCCUUCACAAAACGGCCGGCAGAACAAACCAGGGAAGAAGAGACGCUCUGCAGUGCCUUCAGUUACAGCCGGAGCUGCAGGACAAGGCCUGACUUUCUCUGUCAGCAUGAGACACGCCUUUGUGCCGUUUUCAGGAGGAAUGAUAUUAGCAGCAGAUUAUUCCCAGCUGGAGUUGAGAGUGUUGGCUCACCUGUCCAAGGAUCAGCGACUUCUACAGGUGCUGAAUGGAGGAGCAGAUGUGUUUCGCUGCAUCGCUGCUGAGUGGAAAAGUAUCGACCCAGAGACGGUGAAUGACAACCUGAGACAACAGGCGAAACAGAUUUGUUAUGGUAUAAUUUACGGGAUGGGAGCCAAGUCUUUGGGGGAACAAAUGGGAGUGGAGGAGAAUGAUGCUGCCUGUUACAUAGAGAGUUUCAAGUCCAGAUACAAAGGCAUCAAUGCUUUUCUUAAAGAAACUGUGAAGAACUGUGUAAAGAACGGCUACGUUCAGACUCUGAAGGGCCGCAGGAGAUACCUCCCUGGAAUCACUAACACCAACAUGCACAUCAAAGCACAUGCAGAGCGUCAGGCAGUGAACACGACUGUUCAGGGUUCAGCAGCAGACAUUGUUAAACUUGCCACCGUGAACAUCCAGAAGAGACUCAGGAAAACAUAUCCUGCUGCUCUGCCGUCUCACCAGCACACACUCUCAGCCAGAAACCAGAGCAGGGCUCGGACAUCUCACCUAAGAGGAGCCUACUUUGUCCUGCAGCUGCAUGAUGAGCUCAUCUAUGAAACCACAGAGGACGACCUCAUACAGGUCGCUCAGAUAGUAAAGAGAGAAAUGGAGUCAGCGGUAAAACUGUACGUAAAGCUCAAGGCCAAAGUGAAGGUGGGACCCAGCUGGGGGAACCUGCAGGACAUCGAUCUGUAAUAUUUGAAUGUCUGAUACCAACAUGUCGUUACUGUAGCUGUGUGAUGUGUGUAAAUAACAUGAUCUUUUCAAAUAUUUUUAAUCAACAUACUUACAGUAAUGAAAUGUAAAAAUAUAAGAUAGCCAUGUUAGCUCUAUGAACUCUAAAUGAACUAUUGAAUGUAUUUAUAACUCUACUCUCUUGUUUAGUCAAAAAUUAUACAUU